AAACUGCUAGGGAGGUUUCAAUCGACCUGUCUCGACUCGCAGUUUGUUUCGUCCUCUCAGUUGUACUUUGUACUAGACGCGAAAAUGCUGACCUGUCUCGCCCUGCCCCCGAUUUCUCCGUCUCUCCCGUGUCGAAUGGAACUGGAGUGAUGUAGUCACGCCACUCGGCCGUCCCAUCAGUGAUGCUAUUCCGCGUUUUGGCACAAAAACGGCUCGGCCUCCGAUCCCUGAUAUCCGGGCCGGUCGAUUUCUCGGAUUUGAAGAUCGCCUCCGCCUCCGAGUCUCUGCCCAGGGAGACCCAGGUCGUCGUCUGCGGGGGCGGCAUCAUCGGAGCCUCCGUCGCCUACCACCUGGCCGAGAUCGGCUGGGGGGGCAGGACCAUUCUUGUGGAACAGACCAAGAUUGGUGGAGCACCGACAUGGAACUCUUCAGGCCUUGUUGGCAUCUUCAAGCCCACCCUGGCACAGGUCAGACUUUGCCAGACCUCCAUGGAGAUGUUCAAAGAACUGGAAUCAAAAGGGUACGACACAGGAUGGAAGAAAUGUGGCAGCCUGUGCCUUGCGAGGACCAACGAUCGCAUGACAGUCUUCCGUAGGAUGAAAGCUCUAUCUGUGUCUUGGAAUAUUGAGUGUAAAUUGGUAACGCCUGUAGAAGCCAGAGAACUUUGUCCUCUUAUUGCUAUUGAUGAUUUAAAAGGUGGUCUCUGGAUCCCAGGAGAUGGUGUGGGUGACCCUUAUAAACUUUGCCACUCACUAUUAAAAUCAGCUAUAUCCAAAGGUGUACGUAUUUAUGAGCUGUGUUCAGUUGAGAAGGUCUCUAGUCAUGGUGGAAAAGUAAAAGCUGUUGACACAAACCUAGGUAGAGUGAAGUGUUCGGCAUUUGUGAACUGUGCUGGCUUUUGGGCAAGAGAGCUUGGAAUGAAAAGCAAUCCACCUGUCAAAAUACCACAACAUCCUGUUGAACAUUAUUACCUUUUGACAAAACCAAUUCCUCCAGUUGAUCCUUUAACCCCAGUUGUUAGAGAUCAAGACGGGCAUAUUUAUUUUAGAGAAUGUAAUGGCUACAUAAUUGCCGGUGGUUUCGAACCGGUAGCAAAACCGGCUUACGUUGAUGGAAUCAUUCCAAGGAGUCAGGCCGAACGCCGAUUACCCGAAGAUUGGGAUCAUUUUCAUGUUCUAUUGGAGCAAAUAUUGCACAGGGUACCUUCCUUGGGAGAAUUUUCGGUUCAUAAAUUGACAAAUUCCCCUGAAGCUUUUUCACCUGACUGCAAAUGGCUUGUUGGUGAAGCUCCAGAGAUUGAAAAUUACUAUGUAGCUGCUGGCAUGAAGACUGUAGGCAUUUCAGCAGCUGGCGGCGUCGGCAAAGCAUUAGCGGAACUUGUGACUACAAAAACCACUUCUUAUGAUAUGUAUGAAAUUGAUAUCACCAGGUUCUUAGGUCUGCACAAUAAUACAAAAUUCUUAAAAGAACGCGUUAGUGAAGUUCCUGGACUGCAUUAUGGAUUGAUGUACCCUUUUCAUGAAUUUAAGACAGGCAGAAAUCUUCGAAUGUCACCUAUUUAUCCAAAACUUAAAGAUGCAGGUGCAGUUUUUGGCCAGGUCAUGGGCUACGAACGACCUGCUUGGUUUCAGCCAGACCAGAAGGAUGGAGGGUCGUCUUUCAGAAUAGCCACUACAAACACUUUUGGGAAGCCACCCUGGUUUGAUUAUGUUGCGUGUGAAUACGAUGCUUGCCGAGAAUCUGUAGGAAUAAGCGAUUAUUCUUCUUUUACCAAACUUGAAUUAUGGUCUAAAGGGGAUGAAGUCGUAAAAGCUUUACAAUAUUUAUGCAGCAAUGAUGUUGACGUUUCUAUUGGAAGCAUUAUUCACUCCGGUAUGCAAAAUGAAUCAGGUGGUUAUGAAAAUGAUUGCAGUCUCAUUCGUAUUGCACCAAACCAUUACAUGAUGAUUGCACCAACGAUUCAACAAACGAGAUGCAAAGUUUGGAUACAGAGGCAUCUACCUAAAGACAGUUCAGUGUCUCUGGCAGACGUGACAUCAAUGUAUACAGCUAUUUGUCUAAUGGGGCCUCUGACAAGAUCUCUUUUGUCAGAGCUUACCGAUCAAGAUUUAAGUCCAAAACAUUUCCCAUUUUUCACAUUUAAGGAAAUCGAUGUGGGCUGUGCCAAUGGCAUAAGAGCGAUGAAUUUAACUCAUACAGGAGAACUCGGUUAUGUUCUUUACAUCCCGAAUGAGUUUGCCCUACAUGUAUAUGAUAAAAUAAUCGAAGCAGGUGAAAAAUAUGGAAUUAAGCAUUUCGGCUAUUAUGCAAUGAGGGCGUUGAGAGUAGAGAAAUUUUAUGCAUUUUGGGGGCAAGAUCUUGACACAACAACAACACCGUUAGAAUGUGGGAGGACUUGGCGUGUUAAAUUCGAAAAAGGGGAAUUUAUUGGACGAGAUGCACUUUUAAAACAAAGAGAGGAAGGCGUCAGACGUAUGUAUGUUCAACUAGUGCUUACUGACCAUGAUGCAGAAACUGAACUCUGGUCCUGGGGAGGUGAGCCAAUUUACAGGGACGGGAAAUAUGUCGGUGCUACAACGACCACUGGGUAUGGAUUUACAUUCAAAAGCCAGAUUUGUCUAGGAUUCGUCCAGAACUUUGAUGAAAAUGGUGUACCACAGAGGGUGACAAAUGACUACGUACUCUCAGGCAAUUAUGAGGUUGACAUAGGGGGCAGGCUUUAUUCGGCCAAAGUUCACCUCCAUUCUCCAAACCUUCCGACUAAGUUCCCAGACAAAGAAAGAGAAGCAUAUCAUGCUACAAGAGACAAAAUGGUCACUGAGCCAAUACUUAGAGAGCUUUCUUGACACAAGGAAAAUAAAGUAGAAUAAAUAAAAGAUGGUUUUUUUCAUAGAAAAACGAAAUGACACAACAUACAUUGCUUAUGAAACUUCAUUUCUUGUUCUUGAAAUAUAAAGAUAUGACAAUACAGUUUAGGUUAACUGUUAGCUUUGCUGAUCCAAAUCUGGGGUAAGUUAAGAUGUACUUAUUAUUACUUAUUAUCUCUUAAUGACACAGUGAGCUGGCAUAUCAACCAAAAUUUGAAAAAUGAAUUUAAAAGACUGAUAGGUUUUGUUCACUCAAGACAAUAAACUUACGGAAAAUCUUUUAAAAAUUUAGGUUUAGAAAAGGAAAUAGAAAAAAUGGCUUACUACAUACUUUCAUAAUUGCUGUUAUGUAUUGUUAUAUGGCAUUAUUAUUCACAAAUAAUGCUUAUGAAACCUAUGGCAUAAAGGCUGUUUAAUGUUUUCCUCUUUGCUUCCAUAUUUUCGCCGAGUUUUUCUAUGAGUGCUUUGUAUUAAAAUAUCAUAUAUAAUAUAAUUGUAUUUUUUUAAAUAUUCUUUACGUAAACUUUCAAUUUAAAUUCAAAUAAACAUGCAAAAUUGGUGACAAUGCUCAUUAAAAAAUAAAUAAAACAACACGAUUUUCAGCAUGUUUUAACAAAGAUUUUUUAACAUUUCAAACAAAGAUACAUAUGUUCAUCAUUUUGCAGAUUUUUGUAUGUAAAUUUGAAUUUAAUUGUUAACUAAUAUUUCUUUUAAAGUUUAUGAAUCUCUAUUUAUCAUAUAUCCAUUUAAAAAACAGAGCAAUUUAAGUUUUAAGUGUUUCGCCAAAUUUUUAGUCACUUAUUUGUAUCUGUGAUACUGAGAGUAUUAGAAUUUUGCAGCUUUAUAAUGAAAAUUUAUUUAAAUCAAUUUAUUGUUAAUUGUAGCAUAUUGUUUAUUAUAUAUUGUCAUUACAAUCUGUGCCAAUUAAAAAAAAAGACUUGGAACAUUGAACUUAUUGCAAGUUACAAAAGCAAUAAUAAUAAUAAAAAAUAAUAACAUUGAUAUCACAGUGUGCCUCCUAAUAAUUAAAAAAAUACAAUACUCCUAGACUUGAUAAAGUCGUGAUAAAACAUGAUUGUACCACGCAGUUUAAAAUAAAUGUAAUUGGAUUUUUUUUAAGUUACGUAACAUGUUAUGUCUAGUUAUUUCUUUUAGAUCAAAUAACUUGUACAUUUGUUUGAUAAGGAGCGGUGUUUUCUAAGAUCAGUCAUGUUUUGUGAUAUUUAAAUUAUUACUUGUCGCUUAAACAUUUUUUUUAGGCAUGUCAUUUGUAUUUUACAGAGUGUUAGCAGUGGUAUAUAAAGUAAACUUUUAAAGCUAUUAUUGCUAAACAAUCAUUUUUUAUAUUAAACUGGAAAAAAAUUGGUGCCAUACAACUUGUAAAUUGUAUUGUAACAAUUUAAACUUAUUUCUUAGUAUUCGAUUCUAAAUCAGUUCAUGGGUUAAUGAAUAUCACAGGGCGAAUAUCAUUUUGUAAAUCAAUUUUUAUGUACAAAUUUCAAAAUACAUGGUAUAUGUUUUGUGUGUUAA